AUGAUGAGGAUCCUCAUUUUUGGUUUCGUAUUUUUGAUUCAUCUUCAACUUAUCGCAAGUUUGAAACCACAAAAAGCAGGUGAAAAACAUUCAUUGAACUUUUGGAAAUAUAUGAGCUUGCGAGACACUGACAUAUUUCAUCCAGAUUUCAAAUACCUCGAUUCAAACGGAAUUGAUAUCACAGGUUUGAAUCGGACAAAAAUUGUAUGUAAAUUGCAAAUUAUUUUUCAGCAAAGAAAAUCAAAGAAUGGCAAACUGAUGAAUCUGUGAAAUUAUUUGGAGAAGGAUACAAAGCAGCUUUGGAAAACAAAAAUAAUUUUUGGGCAAAUUUUUGGGAUACUCAUAUUGCUCAGUUUACUUCCGAUGGAUUUUUGGUUGAGAAAGAAUUUGUAACCAAUCAAUUCCCAACAAAAUGGUUGAUGAUUCCUGAUUCAGGAAUGCAAGGAGGAUACAAAUUGCUCAAAGUUAUCGAAUAUAAAGUUUAA